CCGACGUAGGGAGAGGGAAAAAAAAGAACAACUCCAGGGAGAACAACUCCAGGCAACCAGCAGUCUUCCGCCGCUAGAGCGAGAGGGAGCGAAUCCUGAGCAAACAAGCACGGCAUAAAUACUUGAGCUGGGAACCCAGCGCUUCCGCAAGCUCAGAGCGCACCUUCCCGACUUCGCUAAAGUUGAAAAAAGGUAGAGCAGGGAGAAGGGCCGGCUCACCCCGCUGAGAGCUGCUCCGUGGGCAGGCGGGACGCUGCUCUGGGAGACGCCCGCUGGAGGAUUCGCAGAGCCCGGCCAGCGGCGAGCGCGCGUCGGAGGCGAGGACGAGGCGAGGAGCCCAAGUCCUGCGAGGCGUGGAGGGAGCGUCCCGCGAGAGCUGGGGCUCCGAGGAAGGCGAGCAGGCGCUGCUUAGACAGCAUGCGUUUCUCCCCCGGCCCCGACGCGGGCUCCUCGGGCAACUCCAGCCCAUGGUGGCCUUUGGUCACCGGUGGUGCCAACACGAGCCAGGAGACCGAACCCUCUGGAGAAGGUAACGGCCCGCCAAAGGACGUGCGCAACGAGGAGCUAGCCAAACUGGAGAUCGCCGUGCUGGCGGUGACCUUCGCGGUGGCCGUGCUGGGCAACAGCAGCGUGCUGCUGGCGCUGCACCGGACGCCGCGCAAGACGUCCCGCAUGCACCUCUUCAUCCGACACCUCAGCCUGGCCGACCUGGCCGUCGCCUUCUUCCAAGUGCUGCCGCAGUUGUGCUGGGACAUCACCUACCGCUUCCGCGGCCCCGACUGGCUGUGCCGCGUGGUGAAGCACCUGCAGGUGUUCGGCAUGUUCGCGUCCGCCUACAUGCUGGUCGUCAUGACGGCAGACCGCUACAUCGCCGUGUGCCACCCGCUCAAGACUCUGCAACAGCCCGCGCGCCGCUCGCGCCUCAUGAUAGCGGCCGCCUGGGUGCUGAGCUUCGUGCUGAGCACGCCGCAAUACUUCGUCUUCUCCGUGAUCGAGGUGAACAACGUCACCAAGGCCCGCGACUGCUGGGCCACCUUCAUCCAGCCCUGGGGUCCCCGUGCCUACGUGACCUGGAUGACGGGCGGCAUCUUCGUGGCGCCCGUGGUCAUCUUGGGUACCUGCUACGGCUUCAUCUGCUACAACAUCUGGCGCAACGUCCGCGGGAAGACCGCGUCGCGCCAGAGCAAGGGCGCAGAGCAAGCGGGUGGUGCCUUCCAAAAGGGGUUCCUGCUCGCGCCCUGUGUCAGCAGCGUGAAGUCCGUUUCCCGCGCCAAGAUCCGCACGGUGAAGAUGACUUUUGUAAUCGUGACGGCUUACAUCGUCUGCUGGGCACCUUUUUUCAUCAUCCAGAUGUGGUCUGUCUGGGAUGCCAAGUCCGUCUGGACUGAAUCGGAAAACCCUACCGUCACCAUCACUGCAUUACUGGCUUCCUUGAAUAGCUGCUGCAAUCCCUGGAUAUACAUGUUUUUUAGUGGCCAUCUCCUUCAAGACUGUAUUCAAAGCUUCCUGUGCUGCCAAAACUUGAAGGAAAGAUUCAACAAAGAAGAUACUGACAGUAUGAGCAGGAAACAGACUUUUUACUCUAACAACCGAAGCCCAACAAACAGUACGGGUACAUGGAAGGACUCACCUAAAUCUUCCAAGUCCAUCAAAUUCAUUCCUGUUUCAACUUGAGUCUUGAGUUCAUGCAACUUGACUCUUGGGAUUGACUUUUUGGCCCAUUAGCUGAAUUGAGCUAGAAAUCACAAGAAAAAAUGUACUUUAUUGAUAUAACCAUAAAUCAAUUCAUUGGGAACAAGACUGUAUUUCUAGUUGCGUUUUCACCUUGCUACCAAAAACUAUACAUUAUUUUAUACAGAAUAUUAAUGAAAACAUGCUGCACUAAAAUGUGCAGGUCUAACUCCUGGAAAUAUAACAGAAGUUAUACUUUUAAAGGAAAAAGCAUAACCACCCUAGCUUUAUAUUUUGUUAUUGGUAUCUUUUCUUUUCAUUUCUAAUGUAAAUAAGACUUGCUUGGUUUAAAAGUCAUGUAAUGUACAGCACUGGUUCUGAACAAAAAGAGGUAAUCAUCAGCCUUAGUACUCAGAGAAAACUUCAGAGAAAUUAUGUUUUCAUCCAAUAAAAUUAAGUUGUGCAUCAGAAAAUGCAGCCUUAAACGGUGUCCUGGAGAUGAGAGG